ACGAAGCCACGAAGGUCAGAAAGCGACGCGGCCGAGGAGAGGUUUCGGAUUCUCGAGAUCGACGGGAAGAGACCAGAAACUGACGGCGAGCAAUAGCAUACUGGAGGCGAUCGGGCGGCUCACCGGCGGCGAGAUGAAGGCGGUAGAGGGUGGGCGGGUGAAGAUCGUGGUACGGAGGGAGGAUCUGAAGCAGGUGCUGGAGGCAAUCAAGGACGGAGACGAAGAAGAAGAUGACGCAGGGAAAGGCAGGCGAGGUCGUGCGAUUAAAGUGAGAAGGGACUGUCCUUAUCUUGAUACUGUCAAUAGGCUGAAAAGGGCCUGGGGCUCGCUCCCGUCCGUGUCAGAUCAAUCCCUUGUUUUAAACCUAACUCCUCACUUCACUCGCUACUUACGCCGCCGUAAAAACACAAAGAAAAAUGGCCUCAAGAGAACCCUCCAAGAAAACGAGCCCGUCCCAGAAAACCCCAUAUUAUCUUCCAAACGCGCCCGAGAGGGGGCGAGAAGAAAGAGAAGAAGGAGAAGAAGGACCAGAGUGUGGAGCCACGAUGACGAGGUGACCCUGCUUAAAGGAAUGAUCGCUUUCAGGGACGACAUGGGCCGGGACCCGAGCGCCGACCUGACGGCCUUUCACGAUUCCAUCAAGGAGAAGCUGAAGGUUGUGUUCUCGUGGCUCCACACUCUGGUAAUGCACCCGCCUGGGGCCUCCACGAUCUUCUCCUUCUUCUCCUUCUCGUCUCGGGCGCGUUUGGAAGAGAACUUGGGGGUUUCUUAG